CGGUUGGAAAAAGAGGUAGAAGAAAAGGAAAAAAUAAUGCACAAACAAACAUAUGCUCGUAUCGCCCCCGAUGUAAAGAAAGCUCAAUCACUAUUCGCAACUCACAAAAUCAGAACAAACGGCUUCUGCAGCAGUUUCGCCUCACCCUUGCGUCCUGCUCUUCUUGUUGUUUUUGCUCAGAUUUGGAGAUGGAAACUCAUUCAAUCCAGUGUCUUGCAGUGAUAUUUCUCAUAAGCAUCAAAUCCUUCGUGCUUGCUUCGACUUAUGGACAAACAUGUUAUGUCGAUGAAUACAUCGCAGAAAGCUAUUUCAAGAAAUACGAUAGUUUUAUAGAACGAGAAUUUGACAAUUUCAUAGCAAAUAAAAUCCCACUAGGCUCGUGCAAAGUGCUUGAAGAUAAAAAUCAAGUUUUGGUGAAGAGUCUAAGUCGAAAUGUCACUGGUGAAGGGUCUCAUCGUUGGCUUUCUUCUUCUAUAAGGCUUAAGUUGAAACACAAGCUCACUGCACAUUCUUGUGUAGUUGUAAUUAUUGAAAGGCUUCCAUCUGGGGUCUUUACUGAUCCUUUCGAGCUGCAGCACUUUGUCCAGCGCAGUGUGUUCACAGAUGCAGCCGUCUUUGGUGACACAAAUUUAGAAUUACCUUCUUUCCGCUCUAACCAAACAGUUGUCGAGAUACAUAUGAGCAUCGAUUCCAGAGUGGUUUCGAGAGAUGAGCAUGAGUCAGAAGUCAACCUUAAGGUUCCAUUACAUGCACGAUAUCAGCCUCUAGGACUUGGUUUCUCAAGGGUUGAGUUUGGGGCACCUGAUAUAUUCACGUGCUGCAGAAGCACUGAACGAGACGUGCCUAAAAGGCUCUGUCAAUCCAUACCCACGAACCUCAUCACGGACAAGAAAGCUAGUCCACUUAUAUGGGAAAUACCAUGUGGGAACAAGGAACAUGCUGCAGUUGUGUCCGCUGUUACUUUCGGGUUUGCUGUAUCGACUGCAUUGCUUAUUGUAUGGACAUCUAUUUCUUACUCGAAACAGUGAAAGAUCAGCAACUACCAUGGAUUUCUCUGCAGUUCUCCUCAUAAAAAUCGGGUGAAUGGGUGAGCAUACUGGAUGCUGGCUGAUUCUGUUCAACUUCAGAUUCUGCUGCUCACCUGAAAAUGAUGAAACAUGUCUGAAAACGAAAGCAAAAGCGAAAGCGAAAGCAGUCCCUGUUCAACGGUAUUGUAUGAAGUGUGAGUAGCUCUUCUUGCAUAAUGAGAUUAGAGCAUGUGGAUUGUGAAUUUUUUAUCUUGCAAUGCAACUCAUUAGUGUGCGUGAUUCGAUCUGGUUGUGAGUUCUUUCUUUUAAAGCCUGAAAGAUAAAGACUAUCAACGUAAAGGUGUUCAGGUUUAGUGGAUUA